UGUAGAUAACGAUCAGCAGAAGCCGAGGCGUUUUCUCGUUACUGGGUUCUUUCCCGUUCCGCUCAGUCAGCCAGCCAGCACACACCCGCCGAAGCACACGCCUGGUCUCCGAUCAGCGGGCGCGGGAUCACGCCGUACGAGCUCGGUGCGCUCGCUCACGACGACGACGACGAUGGCGAGCAGGGACGAGGGUUCGUCGUCUGGAGUGGUGUUGGGGAACGUGUACGUCGCGGUGGGGAGCGACGGCGCGGAGAGCAUGACGACUCUCUUGUGGGCACUUCAGAACUUCGGAGUCGAGUUCAAGUAUUGCAUCCUACAUGUCCGUCAGCUCGACCCACCUGAAUUUGCAAGGCAGAAUAUGAACGACAUUCUGGAUGCAUACAUUCAAAUGUGUAACCAAGCAAAGGUUUCUUCGAUGAAAAUAUAUGCUGAGAUGCAGGAUGUAGGGCAAGGGAUUGUGGAACUUGUUGAGCAGCAUUGCAUCAGGAAGCUCGUUAUGGGAGCAGCAGCACAUAGUCACUAUAUUGAGGGCAUGACACAGCUUAAAUCUACAAAAGCAAUGUUUGUGAACCAGCAUGCUCAUCCAUCCUGUGAAAUUUGGUUUAUCUGCAGAGACUAUCCAGUUUACUUGAGGGAAAGUAGGUCAAGCACCUCUUAUCCGUAUAUUGCGACAUCGUCAGAACCAGUGAGCUCCUUUGUCCAAUCUGGACAGAGUACUCUGGGUUCAGAUAACUCUGCAUCUGACUCUAGCGAAGUUGUAGAUAAUCUAGCCUUGGUUCAGUUUGAUGGACUUGAAAGGAGUGACCAUAGCUCAGAAACAAAUCCGGUGCCUGCUGUUCAUCAACCUCCAUCUAGUGCAGCGGAAAGAAGUAACGGUGAGGAACUCUGUGAACAACUUGACAGAGCAAUGUCAGAGGUCACAAAGGCAAAAAGGGAGGCACUCGAAGAGUUGAUUCGCCGUCAUAAAGCUGAAAAGGCUGCAAUUGAGGCUAAACGCAAAGUUGGUGCACUUGAGAGCUUACACGCCGAGGAAUUAAGUCGGAGGAUUAAUCUUGAGGAGAUGCUAGAGAAAGAAAGGGAGAGAUGCAAAAUGAUUGAGAAUGAGAGAAACGACCUACAAAUGCUGUUUGAAAAUGCACUUAAAGCUAAUGAGGAGCUGUCAGCAAACCAAGCAAGUGAACCCUCAAGUUUGAACUUGCAGGAUCAGGAAGUCGUUACCAAGUUUUCUUUCUCAGAAAUUCAGGAAGCUACGGAGAAUUUCGAUCCUUCCUCAAAAAUAGAGGAAGGGGAUUAUGGAAGCACUUAUAAAGGUUUUCUUCGUCAUACCCGAGUGGCCAUAAAGAUGAUGUGUUCUGAUAGCUCACAUGGCCCAUCACAGUACCAUCAGGAGGUUCACAUUGCGAGCAUGUUGAGGCAUCCAAAUUUGGUCACCCUCAUUGGGGUUUGUCCGGGAGAUUGGGCUCUCAUCUACGAGAAUCUCCCAAAUGGUAACCUCGAAGACCGGCUAAGCUGUAGAGAUAACGCUGCCCCCCUAUCAUGGCAAACAAGGUUACAGAUAUGUAGAGAUACGUGUGCUGCACUUAUUUAUUUGCACUCCUUUAAACCUCGUGGGAUAGCUCAUGGUGAUCUAACACCCCGAAAUAUUCUUCUCGAUGCCAACUUCGUGGCUAAACUGAGUGACUUUGGAUCACACGACGUGCUUUUUAGUUCCGGUACAACAGGAGACUUUUCUGCUGUGUCAGAUGUUUAUUCAUUUGGGGUUGUACUAUUGCGGUUACUUACUGGUCAAGCGGCAUUGAAUUUAGACGAGAUUGUGCAAAAUGCGUUGGAUGAUGAUGAGUUAGAUGCCGCAUUGGAUCAAACAGCAGGGCAAUGGCCUCUUGAGCAGGUCACAGAGCUGGCACGCCUAGCUUUGAGUUGCUGUGAGAUAGAUACAAGCAACCGACCGGAUCUUCGGUCAGAGGUGUGGCCACUGCUUGAACAAAUCCCAACACUAUGUGAACGAGCGUCAUCAUCUGAUCGUUCUCCUGGUGAAGAGCAUACCCAGCCUCCUUCGUAUUUCCUUUGUCCAAUAAAACAUGAGAUUAUGGAAGACCCUCUUGUGGCGGCGGAUGGCUAUACAUAUGAAGCGGAGGCGAUAAGGGAAUGGCUGAACGGCCACAACACUUCGCCCAUGACGAAUCUUCGGCUCGAGAACUUAAAUCUCGUGUCGAAUAGGAUUGUCCGGUCGGCUAUUCGAGAAUGGCUUCAGAGCAAUGAAAGCUAAAUAAUGUGGUCUGUCAAACAGCAAAAUCUCUGUACAGUCGUGUGCUGCUAACUAAAAGGGGUCUGUCAAACAGCAAAAUCUCUGUACGGUUAUGCUGCUCCGGUGGGGCUUUUCUUGUACAUAUACAUUCCGGGAGCAGGAGUGAUAUACGUAAGAGCAUAGGCGCGUGAGUUAAACACGAGGUUAUGGUAGUAAUUUCGUGGCAGCAAGCCUGUUUGUUUACACUUAGAACAGGGAUAAUUACAUAAAUAGUCUGUGAAUUUUA